GCCGCAGACAUCGCGGCGUCCGUCUGUCCGACCGGGGGCCAGCCUCGCCGAACGCAGGAGCGGACUUUCGUGAUCUCUCGGCGCCGACCGGCGGGCGAGGGGCCGCCGUCCAUCUCCGCCAGCUCCUGCAGGAUCUGAGCCACCGCCCCCUUUUCUCCAGGAGGUUCCCCUCGCCAAGCCGCCCUUCCCGCCUGCGAUGGGGCCGGGCUGAGCCGCCUCCCGCCCCACUGUCCCUUUGCAAGGGAGAAAGGAGGAGGGGAGGAGAGGGAUGGAAGAGCUCGGGCAGGAGGCGGUACUGCUCUUCCUCACCCAAAGAGGGGGCCGAGCCCGCAACGCGGAGCUAGUGGAGCAUUUCAGGGGAGCCCUGGGCGGCGAGCCCGAGCAGCGAGCCCGGGCCCGGGAGCGCUUCAAGCAGCUGGUGAACGCUGUGGCCACGGUCCGAACCGAUCCCGCUGACGGGACCAAGUACGUGUACCUGAAGAAGAAGUUCAGCGGUGGCGGUCCGCCUCCCGCGGUCCCCAUAGGGGCCUCGGCCGUCCGGGUCCCCGAGGGCGGCGAGCCCGGGGCGGGCAGUGAGCAUCAUCCCGCACCUCCGGCCGAGCCGGCGGACUUGGGAAACGAGGAUGCGCGGAGCCCCCCAGCCUCCCCCGGAAGUAGGGAGCCCGACUCCGUGUUGCAGGAAGAACCACCCCGGUUCCCACCACCGACGGCUAUCCAGAUAGUGCCCAGCAUCUCGGUGACCGAAGCACCCGAGCUCGAGAAGGCCCCGGGCCCUUUGGACAGCGCUAACUCGGCUACCUCCAAUGGGCCUGAGUCACCGGAGGGAAGCGCUCCUCCCUCCACCGGGGACCACCCGCUCGCAGAGAGCACCCCUGAGGAGAGUGGACAGUCUGCGGACCAGGAAUCGCUUCCGCAGCUCAUCUCCGGUGAAAGCAGCAGGAAUGAAUUGCCGAGAUUGGGACAGGUGCAGCCCCUGGGCAUCGGGGCGCGGAGGAAGAACUCCAGACGCAACGUACCUCUGCUCCGGGGGCUGCCGCAGGCUUCCUGCGGUGGGGAGGAGUCCGAGCCUCUCCCCAGAAGCUGCGAGGAGGGCGACGUCUGCGGCUCCCCAGGAGGAGUCAGUACUCCGAGACCUGGCCGCAAGAACCUGCUGGACAUGAUGAUAGGUAGCUCCCCGCAGCUUAAGAGGAGCUUCUUUGUUGGGGGAAACAGUCCUGGGGGCUCUUCGGGAGGGGGUCGUGCCACCAGAGGUGGCGGAGACUCGGACACCGCUUCUCUGGCUUCGUCCUCUACCGAGGAGGAAGGAAGCGCAGCCGGGUCGGUGGCCUUGGACCCUCUGGAACAUGCCUGGAUGCUUUCUGCCUCGGACGGUAAAUGGGACAGCUUGGAGGGACUGCUCACUUGCGAACCCGGUUUACUGGCCAAGCGUGAUUUCAUUACCGGCUUCACCUGCCUUCACUGGGCCGCCAAGCACGGAAAGCAGGAACUCCUGGCCAUGCUGGUCAACUUUGCCAACAAGCACCAGUUACCGGUGAACAUCAACGCCAGGACCAGCGCGGGCUAUACAGCUCUGCACCUAGCAGCGAUGCACGGACAUGUGGAGGUGGUAAAGUUGUUGGUGGGGGCCUACGACGCAGACGUAGACAUUAGAGAUUACAGCGGGAAAAAGGCCUCGCAGUACCUGAGCCAGAGCAUCGCAGAAGAGAUCAAGAACUUGGUGGGGGCCCUGGAAGAUGAUGGAGAGAGCACUUCGGAAAGUGGGGGUGGUCGCUGGAAGCUCUCUAAAGUGCUCCCUUCACAUCUUAUCACAUAUAAACUUUCUCACGUACUGGAGGAUAUGGGCGAUCACCAACACCACCACCACUCCUUGGCUGAUGGGUCAGCUGGGGGCAAGUCAGUGAGUCGCAAAGCAGCAGGUGGCAGCGGCAGCAGCAACAACAGCAGCAGCAGAAUGAGACCCAGACUCAACAAAAUCCGGUUCCGAACACAGAUCAUUCACAGCACUCCCUCUUUCAGGGACCCCGAACGACCACUAUCAGAGGAGGAAAGGCCCCUUAAAACCAGCUCCUCCACAUCCUCCUUCAAACUGAGACCGAAGUCCAAUGUAUUUGGGUAAAAUUUAUUUUGGGCACAAUUUAUAGUAUGUGCCCUCUGGCAUAGGAAUUUGGGGUGUCAAACAGAAUUAGGAAUACGCAUAGGAAGGGGGAGGGGAAAGAUUAAGGAAAAUAAACUCCACGUUCUGUACUUGGGAAAGGAAGGAGAGGGAAAGAGGUCAUGCGUUCCUUUUGGUAAACCCAUGUAUAAACAAACUACCGGGUUAGACUUUUAAAUCUCUCCGUAAAUGGCUGAUUCUCUACAAACACUGGCUUAUUUUGGGCGAGGUGUAUCAAGGCCAACAGAUUCCUUCCCCUUAGAAUUCUUUUUUUUCUAGAUCUCGGAUUUUCAGGAUCUAGACAGGAAUUUAAAGUGGGAUGGACAACUUUUUUAUGUUACCUUUUACUGUUACUGGGCUGUAUGCAUAAAUACAUCGUUUUUCAUACAUCAGUUUAAAUAUCGCUGCUUUCAUAGGAACAAGAUAUGCCGUUUGUAAUGAAACUUGUAUGUGCUGUAAUGUGUGUUCUGUAAAUGUAUUUGCUGUUGGGGUACUAUUACUACUGAAUGUAUAGUCAGCAGAAUGCAAAAGCACUGAUAAGGAAUGUGAGUGAAAAUGGGAGUCUUCAGUAGCAGUUUAACUAUUUUAAAAAUAAUUUCAGUUUAUAGUCACUGUGAACUCAAAUGUUAAGUAACAUUUAUUUUUGAGUUAUUAAUCUGUGGUACAUUCCAUCUAACUAUACAACAGCACUGCACUUAGCACGAGGGUACAUCAUUAGUAACUUCAUCCAGCAGACCUAGAACACUCUUAGCACCCAAUCAUGCUGUAAAUUAAUAGUUCUUUAGUCAGACCUAAAUCAGUUUAAGUAUUAAAUAUUCCUAGUCAUUACUUUUUAAAUUGGUUAAUAAUCUAGGGGUCAUUUAACCAUUGGCCUUGCUUUUUUUGAACCUAUUUCAUGGUGCUUGGAGCAGAAAUGCUUAAAGAAAUAAUUUCCAAUUUUAGAUGCUUAACUAGAAUUGGCAAUCCACUAGCAUGAGGCUGUGAAGUAACUACUAAUUUAGACUACUAAAUUAUUAUUAAAUAAUUCCCACUUAAGGUACAAUUCAUUUUUUUACAAUUAGAACUAUCUUAUAUUUGUGCUCUGAAGUAAUGUUCUGCACAUUUUAAGAUCUUAGUCUAAACCUAAGCCCAUUGGCUAACCUUAACAGCUUUCUUGAAGUUAAUAGAUAUGUAUACUAAAGGAAGAUGUCAAUUAAAAGCCAGGUGGUGAAUCUUCCAAGUUUAAAAAUGGCACUUUCCCUUCAAGAAGUAAGAUUCAAGGCUGGUCCUAUAUCUUGAAUGCUGCUGGUUGUCCAGUCCCUUUGUACAUAAAAUUAAAAUAAUGCCAAUAAAAAUCCAAGACUUUAAAGUGUGGUUCCCAAUUACAUUUCAUAUGUAUAUAUAGAUAUAGAUAAAAGUGAAUGGCUUUAUAUUUCAUUUUAAAAUCUAGCUCAAAAGCAUAUCAAGGCCUCUCACACUGAAUUAGAACAAAUUCUAAGAGCUAGUCCAAGCAGAUCUGCUCUAUCAAUUCUCAUAUACAUACCAUUUCUGGUACUCUGUUGCAAAGUUACAAAGCACCUACCUACACUGGUAGAGAUAAUGAGGGUAAGGGAACUUCCCCUUAAAUUACCGGUUUAACCACUGCAUAGUUUGCACAGAGCCACUGCAUUUAGAUUUCUAUAUUUCAACAUACAGAAAUUAGCAACAACUUGAUGUCAUGUCUUUCAUUAGAUGAGGAAUGUUACUUGCAUAAAGACAUAUGAAAAAUUACCCUUUAAAAAAUGUAAGCUAUAUUCCUUGGUGCCUUUACUUUUUUUUUUUGUUUGCUGUUAUAAAAAUGGGGCAUAUCAAUGCUUAAAAAGCACUUUUUAUUCACACGGAUGGGUCAAGAGCUGAUCUGUAAUCUUGUGCAAGGAAAAAAAUUGAUUUCUUAUUCCAAGAAAACUCAUUUGUUCUAUACCAUCUGUAUAACUUUUAAGGAAAACAUCAGUUAAGCGAAGCUUAACACAAAAUAAAGUAUAAAUUCCUAGCUCUCAAGUUGCAUUAAAACUAUAAGCUAUGGAACAAGAUUUAUCUUGACUGAAACUUUUAACCUUCUAAUUACUAAUGUAAAGAUUGGCAUAGUCUAAGCAUUCCUAUUUUGAAAUAAUAAAUAUAAUUCAAUAAUAUUUUGAUUAGAAUACAAAUAGUUGAAUGUACUAUUGAACAAUCAAAAUACUAAACUAUUAAAUAGGAGUGGUACCUAGUUGAACAGAAUAUUUUUUUGAAGAAUUUUGUGAGUUUAAUAUUCCAAUUCUUUGUAGAUCUAAUAGUUUGUAUAUAUCUUGCUUUUACCUCCCUCUCCCACCAAAGUAUUUGUUUUGGUAUACACAUCAACAUAUAUUAGUACAUUUUCAAAAAUCAUUCCACUUAGGAGCUACUUUACAAUCUACCUAAUCAUAAUGUGCUUGUGUACUAUGAAAUUUUUAGCAUAUAUUUCAUUUUUGACACUUUACAUUUCCUCUUGGUUAUUUUUAAAAUUCCAAAUCAAGAGAAUAUGAAAGCAAAUUAUUUGUAUUCACCUGAAAUUCAUAAAGUUUUGCCUAUUAAUGGAUAUGUAUAUUGGAUACUUCAAAAGAUGUUUAUUCAAAAACUGUGAAAGAAAAAAACUGAAUUCGUGUUUAUGUGUCAUAGGUACACUUGAAACUAUUGAAUGUGUAUUAAUUCUGUUAACUUUUGAUGGUAUGUGUACUGCAGCUAGCCUGUAUAACUUGAAAAUUUGAUACCAUUUUAUUGUGUCUUAUGCCUAAAAACUUGGGGGCCAGGAUGCCUUGUCUUUUUAUAUGUAUAUAUAUAUAUAUAUAUAUAGUAAAGGUUUGGGAGUCUGAGAGUUUAAUUUGUGUGUAAGAACUUGCCAAAAUAAAAAUUCCCCUCUAGAGUUUUGCUCAA